AUGAAUACAAUAAAAACCUCUGGCAAAAACUCGGCUUCGAAUCUCAAAGUUCUUUGGUUCAGCAUCUCAGCUAGCAUCGUCGGAUCCUCUGAAUCCUUAUCCAGUCGCAGAGAACCGGACUAUUACAAAACUAGGGGUUUUCAUCCCAUUUCCCUAGGCGAUACUUUUCAUUCUGUUAAGUACACUGUCCUGGGAAAAUUGGGUUAUGGGCAAUAUUCCACGGUUUGGCUAGCUAGAGAUUCGAAAUAUCAGAGAUACCCAGCACUCAAGGUGUUGAGAGCCGACUGUUACGGCGGCUCCCAUGACAUAUUUGAGAAAGAGAUUCUUUCGAGAAUUUUAGAAGUUUCUAAUAAAAGUUCUCACGGAGGGCGCAACCAUGUGUUGAGUCUUCUCGAUCAAUUUAAGCAUACGGGACCCAAUGGAGAUCAUGUCUGUUUUGUACUUGACGUACUUGGACACCAUCUGGACUUUCAAGCCGCCAAAUACGAAGACGGACAGCUACCUUUGAAAUCUGUGAAAGUGAUAACACGACAGCUUCUUCUUGGGCUUGAUUUCCUGCACCGAGAGUGUGGCAUCAUUCAUACAGAGCUGGAAAACCCGAAUCAUGCUAUUUCUCAGUAUUUGUCGGAAGUUCCCGCGCGGGCCGAUUGUCAACGUGGGAUUACAGUGCCGCUUCGAGAGGUUAUCACAACACCGCUGGUCUCGGAGAUGAUAAACCCUCGCAUCAGAAUAAUUGAUUUCGGCAUUGGUACGUAG